AUGAAAAUUUUCAUUAUUUUGGGAUUUUCAGCAGCUAUAGCCUUCACAGCUGUUUUCUUUUCUUUCCUUGAAAUAGGGAAAGACACCAUCUUUGAACAAAUUGAAGAUAACUGCAUUACUAAGGCUAUCCAGAAGGGUUCCAGUCUGGUCGAUUAUGCUGCACAUUAUGAAAUUAAAAGAAAGGUCAAAGGAAACGGAAUAGCAACCCCUACUUUGCUGCUGGCUUUCUCAAAAUUUCCUGAACAGGACAGUCAAGAUAUUUCCCAAGCAGCUGAACGAAUGGAAAUGUCAAUUCAGGUGCUGAGAGAAAAAGUUUGCCAGAAGCACAAGCGCUCAUUGCAUCUAACUGAUCAUUUAUCAGCUGAUCUGCUCACUAUGAUUGCUAAUAUUUCUGGAUGUCUGCCUUAUAUGUUGCCACCAAAAUGUCCAAAUAAUUGCUUAGCUAAUAAAUAUCGACUCAUCACUGGCGCCUGCAAUAACAGGGAACAUCCUAGAUGGGGAGCAUCCAACACAGCUUUGGCUCGAUGGCUUCCAGCAGCCUAUGAAGAUGGCCUCAGGCAACCUCGAGGAUGGGAUCCCAGCAUCCGAUACAAUGGAUUCCAUCUGCCCUCGGUUCGUGAAGUGACAAGAAAAAUUAUUCAUGCAUCUAAUGAGGCUGUUACUGAAGACAACCUGUAUUCUGAUAUCAUUAUGGUAUGGGGACAGUACAUAGACCAUGACAUUGCAUUCACACCCCAGAGCACAAGUAGAACCACCUUCCUAAGUGGGAUGGAGUGCCAGAUGACUUGUGAAAAACAAAAUCCAUGUUUUCCAAUAAAGGUGACCACCAAUGAUACAUUAUCUUCAGGGAUGGAUUGCCUACCCUUCUACCGCUCAUCUCCUGCGUGCGGCACUGGUGAUCAUGAUUUUCUCUUUGGAAAUACAUCAGUGCUAAAUACAAGACAACAGAUCAAUGGCUUAACUUCUUUCCUUGAUGCUUCUACAGUCUAUGGCAGUACUCCUGCUGUUGAAAACAAACUGAGGAAUUUAACAAGCAAAGAAGGCCUUCUUAGAGUAAACUUAAAGUAUAAUGAUAACCAUAGGGAAUACCUGCCUUUUACAGACCAGAUCCCAUCCCCUUGUGCACAAGACUCAAGCACAAGUGGAGCUGAGAGGGUGGAAUGCUUUCUGGCUGGGGACAGCCGCUCCAGCGAGGUCACGUCCCUGGCCACCAUGCACACACUGUGGCUGAGGGAGCACAACCGCCUGGCCCGGGCCCUCAAACGCAUCAAUGGCCACUGGAGCGCCGAGACCGUCUACCAAGAGACACGGAAAAUUGUUGGUGCUCUGCAUCAGAUUAUUACUUUAAGAGAUUACAUUCCCAAAAUCAUUGGUCCAGAUGCUUUUAAUCUGUAUAUUGGCCUUUAUACAGGUUAUGAUCCCACAAUGAAUCCUACGGUUUCUAAUGUAUUUUCAACAGCUGCUUUUCGUUUUGGUCAUGCAACAAUCCAACCAAUAGUAAGGCGAUUGAAUGCUCAGUAUUUAGAUGAUCCUGAACUCCCAAAUCUUCAUUUGCAUGAAGUUUUCUUUAGUCCUUGGAGGCUCAUUAAAGAAGGAGGCUUGGAUCCUUUACUAAGGGGUCUUCUAGCACAUCCAGCAAAACUGCAGGUACAAGAUCAACUGCUGAAUGAGGAGUUAACAGAAAAACUAUUUGUGUUGUCCAAUAAUGGUUCACUUGAUUUAUCAUCAUUGAAUUUACAACGUGGCCGUGACCAUGGACUCCCAGGUUAUAAUGAAUGGAGAGAAUUCUGUGGUUUAUCAAAACUGGAAACUCACACUGACUUGAAUACAGUAAUAACCAAUCACAAUGUCACUGAAAAAAUCAUGGAAUUGUACCAUAAUCCUAACAAUAUUGAUGUUUGGCUUGGCGGUCUCGUAGAAGACUUUCUUCCAGGUGCUAGAACUGGUCCCCUGUUUGCAUGUAUAAUUGGAAAGCAAAUGAAAGCACUAAGGGAUGGUGACCGAUUUUGGUGGGAAAAUGAUAAUGUUUUCACAGAAGCUCAGAAGCAUGAACUCAAAAAACAUUCAUUGUCCCGCGUGAUUUGUGACAACACAGGAAUUUCUGAAGUGCCAGCAGACGCCUUUCAACUUGGAAAGUUUCCACAGGAUUUUAAGCAUUGUAACAAUAUACCUGGGAUGAAUUUAGAAGCUUGGCAAGAAUUUUAUCAGGAAGAUGAACUAUGCGGAACACCAAAGAGUGUGGAAAAUGGUGAUUUUUUAUACUGUUCAGAAUCUGGAAAAUCUACAGUGACUUAUACAUGUCACUAUGGAUUCCAAUUACAAGGAGAAGAGCAAUUAACCUGCACAAGUAAAGGAUGGAACUUUGAGGCUCCAGUUUGUAUAGACAUCAAUGAAUGUGAAAAUGAAAUUAAUCCACCAUGCCCUCCUUCUGCUAUAUGCAUUAACACUAAGGGCAGCUACAAAUGCCUCCACACUGAUCCCUACAAGAUGGCAGAAAAUGGAAGAAUGUGUAUUGGUAAUGGUUGUGAACAUACUGCCCAUUAAAACUUUCUCUGAUCCAUUUUACAAUGCUGUAAAAGUUCAUCAAAUUGGGUUUUAUUGAAGAGUUGUUAACAUA